AUGAUCCACCCAAAUGGCAGAUUCUGGACGGCGAGUACGAUAAGUUACCCCAUGCAUGGCGACGGCGAAGAACGUUGCACCGUCAUUGACACGGACCGACGCCGCGAAUGGUACGUACUGGGGCCGAGUAAGUACCUGACUGAUCACGAAACGGACGUGAUGCGCACCCAGGCAGCGAUAAUCAACAAUCUUGACGAAGUGCAGCCGAAUACCGUAACCAUAAGUGUUGAUGAAGACGGCGAUGUCUGGGGCUUUUCUUCAAGACCUCCGAGUCCCCUUACCAUGGCGGGGCUUGACAAGGCUUCCGAUAUCCGUAUGCCGCUAUUCUCCUCAGCGCCUACCUUGGCGGGCCAGCAAACAGUUGGAAUAUCGGCAUUGAAAGAGGUCGAUCGGCUAGCGCCGUUCUUUGAUCUUAUGCAAUGGCCUGCCGGUGACGAGAAUCCAAGUAACCCUCAAAAUUGUGGAAACCCUGGUGACGAUGGAAGUAAGAACUCAGCAGGAGGAUCGAAGGUGAUUUUCAAGUACGCGCUGCUCAACUACAGAGCCGAGGAUCUAUGGAAUGAGAUGCACUUCCUUCAGUGUCUGCCGCCUCACGAGCAUAUCCGUAAAAUGGACCGACUGGUACUCAGAAACACAUCCCGUAUCCUGGGGUUCACUGCAAAAUACAUCCAACCCAAAUACAUAGACGGAGCCGAUCUGGCCAAGGGUCAAAAGCAGUCCUUCAAACUGAAGUACCUCAAACAACUUACUGACACGCUGGACUUCCUUCAUUUCUCGGCGGGCGUCGCACAUGGAAACAUACGGCCUUCGAAUAUCCUGAUCGACACGACCACGGACAGCAUCCAGCUCAUUGACUUUGGUCUGGCAAAAGUAGCCACCGAGGAAAGCAUCCAGGAAGAUCUGGACAAGGUGUUUUGGACCGCCUACGAAAUUGUGACGCACGACUACCAGAGGAGAUUCAAUGAGCCCAAUGCUCGGCCCAAGAAGUGGAUUGAGCGGAGGGGCAUGUCAUGCACGCCCGCUUCUAUCCAAAAACACAUUGAGCAGUGGAUCACACGGCGAAGCCACCAACAGAUUCCGGAGAGGCUGGUGCCUGAAUGGCCCAAGUUUGAGAAUGACUAUCUCGAGGUCGAGGAGGAGAUAUUCGGGGAUGCGGAAGAAUAUGCUGAAGCCAAGGAGAGCAACUUCGCUGACAUGCCGUACUACAAGGAGAGUCAAGAUAUAUUCUCCUGGGAGCGACCACCCUACUAA